AUGGCGCGGCGCAGCCCCCGCGCACCGUGCCUCGUCCUUCUCUUGUUCUUCGUCGUUCUCGUCGUCAACCCCGCGCGCGCCGCCUUCCCCUGGCUUCCACGGCGGGCGCUGAUGUUUGCCGACGCGCCGAGUCGCCACGGGCUGCGGGGUGUGCCGGCGGCGGCUUCCGCCGACGUCCUGCCGCCGCGGAGGGCGCUGAUUUCCGCUGCGGACGUCGAAGGCGCCCCGGAGACGCUUUCCGCGCACGAGCAAGGGGAGUCGGAGGAGGUUGGUGCUUCGGAGGGAGAGGACGAGAUGCAGGAGGAGGAAGCGGCUGAGGAGGGCAGGGUGCUUCAGGAGCAAGGGGAGUCCGAGGAGGUUGGUGCUUCGGAGGCCGAGGAGGAAAAGGAGGAGAUGCAGGAGGGAGAGGGGAUUGAGGAGGGCAAGGUGCUGCAGGAAGAGGAAAGAGAGUCCGAGGAGGUUGGUGCUUUGGAGGGAGAGGAGGAAGAAGAGGAAAUGCAGGAGGGAGAGGAAAUUGAGGAGGGCAGGGUGCUGCAGGAAGAGGAAGGAGAGUCCGAGGAGGUUGGUAAUCUGGAGGCAGAGGAGGAAGAAGAGGAGAAUGAGGAGGAGGGGGAGAUGCAGGAAGGGAGGGCACUGACGGAGCAAGACGACGGUGAGGAGGGGGGCGAGUGGGAUGGGGAUGCUGAGGAGGAGGAAGAAGAGGAGAUGCAGGAGGGGAGGGCUCUGAUGGAGCAGGACGGUGCUGAGGAGGAGGGUGAAUGGGACGAGGAAGAGGAGGAGAUGCAAGAGGGAGAGGGGAUGCAGGAGGGGAGGGCGCUGAUGGGGGACGACGGAGAUGAGGAGGAGGUUGGUGCUUUGGAGGCUGGGGAGGAAGAGGAGAUGCAGGAGGGGAGGGCGCUGAUUGGGGACGACGGAGAGUCGGAGGAGGAGGAGGUUGGUGCUUUGGAGGCCGGGGAGGAGGAGGAGGAGGAGGAGGACGAGGAGGAGGAGGAGGAGAUGCAGGAGGGGAGGGCUCUGGCAGAGCAGGAGGGUGAAUGGGACGAGGAUGCUGAGUGGGACGAGGACGCUGAGGCGGAGGAAGAGGAGGAGAUGCAGGAUGGAGAGGAGAUUGAGGAAGGCAGGGUGCUGCAGGAGCAAGGAGAGUCCGAGGAGGCAGAGGAGGAGAUUCAGGAGGAGCAAGAGGAUUUUGGUGAUGAGGAAGAGGAGGAGAUGCAGGAGGAGCAAGAGGGCAGGGAUUUGGCUGAGAUCGACGAUUCUGAGGGCGAGGAGGUGGAAGAGGAGGACGAGGCAGAGAUGCAAGAUGAGGAGGAGGGGGAGGAGGGGCGGGCUUUGGCCGAGAUAGAUGAUUCUGAGGGUGAGAAUGAGGAUGAGGAGGAGGAGGCAGAGAUGCAAGAUGAGGAGGAGGAGGGGCGGGCUUUGGCCGAUCUUGACGAUUCUGAAGGUGUGAAUGAGGAUGAGGAGGAGGACGAGGAGGAGGGCAGGGCUUUGGCAGAGAUUGACGAUUCUGAGGGUGAGAAUGAGGAUGAUGAGGAGGAGGAGGAGGAGGCAGGGAUGCAGGAGGGGAUGGAGGAGGAUGGUAGGGUGCUUCUUGCAGGAGAGGGUGAGGAGGGCGAGGAGGGAGAGGAGGGGGGUGAGGAAUUCGAGCAGCAGGUGGUUGACUCAGAGGAGGGGAUGGAGGAGGAUGGGAGGGUGCUGCUGGCAGGAGAGGAGGGUGAGGAGGGAGAGAGUGAUGGGAGUGCGGAGGAAGAGCAGUGGGCAGAGGAAGGGAGUGAGGAGGAGGGGAUUGAGGAGGAGGGGAUGGUGGAUGUGGCUUAG